AUGGAAAAUAACCCACCCCGCAAAAAGGUCGCCGUCGUUGGCACGGGAAUGGCAGGGCUGGUGAUCGCCUAUAUCCUCAAAAAUGAUCCUUGUCAGAGAUUUGAGGUGGAGCUGUUUGAGAAGCAAGACAAACUUUCCCUCGACUCCGCUUCACACACAAUCUUACCCCAAGGUGGCGAAGGCGAUAAGCAGGAACGUCUUGAUCUUCCCAUGCGCGCGCUCGCCGACGGUUACUACGAAAAUUUAAAACGAAUGUAUGAUUAUUUCGGUAUCACAUACGGUUCGCGCCGGUUCGUUUACUCCCUAUCAACUUUAUCGGAUAGCUCGCACGAACAAGUCUCCCCGUACUACGUUCAUUCCUCGAACAACCACCAAAUACCUCCCCUGCGUCCGGAGGGCCUAUCAUGGGCUCGGUGGCUAAUUGAGACAUGCUAUUUGGCUCUAUGCUAUUACUGGUUCACUGCUUGCUGUUUCUUCGUCGCACCUAGGACAGUCGAGUCGUUUGGUGCGGAGGAAUCCCUGCGUCAGUAUGUUGGGAGGAUAUGCUUGCCACGGUAUUAUGUGAAGCGCUACUUGCUGCCGAUGAUGUCAAGCGUUACAACCUGCUCACACGAUGCGUUAUUGGAUUUCCCUGCUAUUGAUGUGGUCGAUUACGAGAGGAAGACGUUCCGCAAACCACACUAUACCGUCCUCGGGGGAGUUCAGCGCGUGGAGAAGGAGCUUUCUAAGGGACUGAAGAAUUGGCUCGCUACGAAAGUCACGUCUGUCGAGAAUGUAGGGACAGAAGUGAAAGUCACCUGGGCCAACACUCUCGAUGGCCAGAACCAUUCAAAGCUAUUUGACCAUGUGAUUCUUGCUGUGACACCAGAUGUCAUCGGUGCGAUCUUCGAGCCUCUCCGGAGUGCGGUGGCAGCUGUACCUACAACUACCGUUCAGAUUGUUAUCCACCGCGACUUUUCCAAGAUCAUCGAUUGCAGCAAGUCUCUCUGGAGGCAGAUUGCCUCCAACCGAUCAGACUUGGCCCCUCAACCAUUCCAUAUCUGUUCGAAUGCUGAAGCAACCGAGUCAACGCACGAACACCCGUCGGCCUACCUUAUCACCAACCACCCCAUUGCCCCUAUCGACCCUGAGAAGGUUGUACACACUGCCACCCUCACCCGAGUUUUGCGAUCACCCACCAGCAGACAGAUUGUCAACAGCAUCUUCGAGAAGAAAGUCUCGGGCCAAGAAAAGAGCCAGCUUUGGCAAAACGGCGAUGGAAAUGUUUGGCUGGUUGGCAGCUGGUGCUGGGAUGGUAUGGUCCUCCUCGAGGGCUGUGUUGGCUCCGCAAUGAGGGUGGCGAAUGGCCUUGGCGUUCAAGUGCCCUGGAUGCAAUAG